UUAAUGCUGCCUUCGCUGACGUCUGAGUCUCAAUUUGCCCAGUGCAUUUUUUUUUUUUUUUGCAAUGUGCAAAUUUUUCCCUUAGUGACUUUGCAAUGAGAAGAGCAAAUCUACAUCAUCAGCAGCAAUAACUAGGGAAUGCAGAUUUUUUUUCGACGUUUUCAUCUGUAACAAAAUCCUUAAAACACAAAACAGAUUGAGAAAGCGUUCCUCUCAGGAAGGAGGAGAACUGGAAUAAUGUAUCAUCUGCAGAUCUGGACUGAAAAUUGCAGCUGCACAUCUAAAUAAGAAAAAAAAGCUGCUGAUUUUUUUUUUAAUUUAUUCCAAAAUAUAUGUUUUUUAGAUUUUUGUAUGCAUUUCAUUUUAUUUUCCUCUUUGGGGAAAAUGACUACUCUUGGUAUCAUGUCUGAAGAAUGGUCCUGUGACUUGCAAGGAUUUGCUUAGUUGGAAAAUAUUUGUUACUUACCAGAUCAUCUGGUGGGGAUUUUUUUUCCCCGAUGCGAUAUUAUUAAUUUUAUUUCUGGCCUGUUUUUUUUUUUAUUUUAUUAUUUAUUUUUCGUGGAAAGGGAGAAAAAACGGUUUGUGGUCCAAAGAAGGUGGGAUUACUGAAAUUUAAAAGGAUUUGUGGAAAUGUUGGGUCUUCAGGAAGACAAAUUAUGUGGAAUUUUCUUUGCUUUGGCAGCUCUGUCGUUUGUCUGCUUUGCACAAAGCCCCUCCGGUGGGAAUAUAUCUGUAGUGAAAAAGACAGUGGACAACUUACUCAAGGGAUAUGACAUUCGUUUACGGCCAGAUUUUGGAGGUCCUCCAGUAACAGUGGGGAUGAGCAUCAACAUUGCCAGCAUCGAUGCAAUAUCUGAAGUAAACAUGGAUUACACGAUUACAAUGUAUUUCCAACAAAGCUGGAGAGACAAGCGCUUAGCAUAUACCGCACUUUCACUGAACCUUACAUUGGACAACCGUGUUGCUGAUCAACUGUGGCUCCCAGAUACCUACUUCCUAAAUGACAAAAAGUCAUUCCUUCAUGGAGUAACAGUGAAAAACAGAAUGAUUCGGCUUCAUCCGGAUGGAACUGUGUUAUAUGGGCUGAGAAUAACUACAACAGCAGCUUGCAUGAUGGAUCUGCGAAGAUAUCCAUUGGACCAGCAGAACUGCACCCUUGAAAUUGAAAGCUAUGGCUACACUACAGAUGACAUUGUAUUUUUCUGGCAAGGAGGGGAUAAUGCCGUGACUGGAGUUGACAAGUUGGAAUUACCUCAGUUUUCAAUUGUGGAAUUGCGGCUUGUGUCCAGAGAGGUGGCUUUUGCCACAGGUUCCUAUCCCAGGUUAUCCCUUAGUUUCAGGAUAAAGAGAAAUAUUGGUUACUUCAUUCUGCAGACUUAUAUGCCUUCUAUCCUGAUUACAAUCCUUUCCUGGGUUUCCUUCUGGAUUAAUUAUGAUGCCUCGGCUGCUCGUGUUGCACUUGGUGUUACUACGGUGCUCACGAUGACAACCAUCAACACCCACCUUCGGGAGACUCUCCCAAAGAUCCCCUAUGUGAAAGCCAUCGAUGUCUACCUCAUGGGCUGCUUUGUAUUUGUCUUCUUGGCCCUGCUUGAAUAUGCCUUUGUAAACUACGUUUUCUUUGGCCGGGGCCCCCAGCAGCAGAAAAAGGUGAACGAAAAACUCAGCAAAGCUAACAAUGAACGACCUCGUUACGAAGAGAAGCGACUCAGAGAACAGGAAACCAUUUCAGCGCAGUAUCAAACCAACACCAUCCGAUCAUUUUCACAGCGAAGAAAUCUGUAUCUUGAAGAACAAAGAAAAGUUGGGGUUGACCCCUAUGGGAAUAUUCUUCUCACUACCUUGGAAAUGAACAAUGAAGUGAUGCCUUCUGAAGUUGCGAGCAGUGUCAGUGAUUCAAGGAAUUCGGUCAUGUCUUUUGAUAGCUCAGGAGUCCAGUUCAGGAAGCAGAUGGCCUCACGGGAUGGAUUUGGGCAUGCCACUCUUGACCGCACUGCUGCCCGAAGUCGUGCCAAUUGCCGCCUACGAAGGCGAUCUUCAAAGCUGAAGCUAAAAAUCCCUAAUCUCACUGACGUCAGCAUCAUUGACAAGUGGUCCCGGAUCAUAUUUCCGAUAACCUUUGGAUUUUUCAAUUUAAUCUAUUGGUUAUACUAUGUGAAUUGAUGGGCAUCCCCCAGGAAACUUGGGCCAUAUUUUGAGAGCACAUAAAUCUGGCUUUGAUACUACUGAAGAUUAUUAAAAAUGUUAAAGACCUCACUGAUGUAAAAAGUAUUAAAAAGAAAAUGACUUGAAUGUUUAAAAGAAU